AUUUUCUACUAUGUGCAGCAGAUUCAAUUUCCUUUAUCUACUGAUCUAAGGGGAAAGGACGUACCUUCGAGCUUUCGUGGGGCGUAUAGCGAAAGCAAGAAAUCCGUUAACAGCAGCAACAACAGCAGAAGCGAGAUUCUAAAUAAGAAGGAAGGGCCUUUCUCGAGGAAAAAGUGUGCUUUCGAUGGCAAGGCCAGAACAACCAAAGGAGGAAGCACACCAUCAAGGAUGGAAAGACUUAAAUCAGCAACUCCCCUUGGAUCAGGGGAUAACAGGGUUAACCUGGGUUUAAGUGGAAGCGAGGAACCGAUGCUGAAGGAAAAGCUAAAAAAUGCCCAUGGGAAGAGCGGAAAAAGCAGCUCGAACGUUAGUGAGAGGAGCGAAAGCCAGAGUCAAGACCAAUUGUUGCAGAACUACAUCCCUUCUAGUAGCAACUUUUGCUGGAACAGAGAGACCAUCUCUCCCAUCCCUCAGUGCGGGAACUCUUUCAAGGGGUUAUGC